AUGGACCGGCGAACGGUUGGCCUCCAGAGAAAAAGGGAUCCCCCGGAAGAGGAACACCAAACAGACGUGCUCAUCGUCGGGGCCAACACAGGGGGUCUUCUACUCUCACUAGACCUCGCACGCAAAAAUGUAAACCACUUGGUGAUCAACUCAUGCGACAGGAACAGAAAGGAAGUAAACGCAGAAGACAUAAGUGAGCAAUAUUUACUCUACCCAAGAACGCUGGAAAUUUUACAAGACUUAGGUAUCCUCUCAGAGGUACUAAAGAGAAGCUUAAAACUGACAGGAGUGAGUUUCUACGUUGGGAAUAAAUUAAUUAAUCAAACGGACAAAACGUUCUUUCAAAACUGCAAUGGGUCAACAGCGUACAUGUUAAGUAUAAACAAGACCACGCUGAAUAACGUCCUGCGGAGGAGAUUGGCUUCCAUCAGUUCGCACGCCGUGCAGGAUGGCACCAUCCUGUGGGGGCUCAGUCAGAAGGGGUUCUCCGCGUGCACAAGGGGAAAGGGGGGCCGCAAGCAUAAGGGUUCCGCUGCUAGGAUGCACGCACAUUUGGACCAUCAACAGGGAGGACAAAACGGGAAGGGGAGAGGCACAAAUGGAGGGGGAGGCACAAAUGGACGGAGAAGCCGCAGCGACGUGAAGAAGAUGUACACCCUGCCCUCCCUCCUUAAGAGAAGGCAAGGCGAAGCGAGCGGCCACCUGAGCGGCCACCUGGGCGGCCACCUGGGCGGGGAAAAAAAAAAAAAAAGAAAUUUCACCCCGAGGGAAAGCCAACACAGCUCGACCAGCAGCGGCAGUAGCGGCUGUAGCGGCUGUAGCGACCACAACGAAAAGUACACCAAUUGGUUGGACAGAUACAGAGUUCGCAGCUCAUCGAGCGACACGGGCUCCAGUUUUUCAACCCCCAUGCAUGGCGACCACUCUGGGAACAGCACCUGCGAAGAUGGCUUCUUCCAAGGUUGUUCGAGGUCCCCCCUAAAUAGACUCCCUCCUGAGGGCCAUAGGAGAGCUACACCCACGGCGCAUGUGCGGUUGGUAAAGGACACCAAAGGGGAAACAAAACAGCACACAGGUAGCUACGUAGAAGUGCCCCAUGAUCGUAACAAACCUGUCUGUGGAAUGCACAGUACGGCUGAGCCUAUAGAGGGAAAAAAAUCGUGGAGAAAUGGGGUUUUUUUUUGGGGGGAAAGGGACAAGCAUGGCUCGGUGGAGAAAGACGCACAGGACGACUCAUCCGGGGGAAAGCCCACAAGGGAUGCACCAACUAGGGGUUCACCAACGACGGAUGACCGACCCAAAAAGCCGCCGCACUGCUCAAUUAGGAGCAAAUUCAUAGUCGGCGUUGAUGGGAGAAGAUCCUCCAUCAGAAAACUAGCAAACAUAAAAAUGGAAGGGAAGAAAAACCAGCCAAUCGAAUACAUAUCUGUGGAUGUCUGCGCCAAAUGGAACUUCAGCAUGAGUCACUACAACUUGAGCCUCGUUCAGUCGGAGCAUGGCUUGGCCACAUGCUUCCCCAUUCUCACUGACAUGCGAAAUAUUUACGAACAAAAUUUUUAUUGCAAUGAUGAGGCAUUCGCGCACGUCAUUGAGCGAACCAAGGAGGAGUACACCUUCGGAAGGGACCCCCCCCAGGGUGGCUCUUCGCUCAGAAGGGGGCAGUCCGUUGGGAGAACGCCUCGUUCGUUUGGGGGGCAACCCUCGGAAGAGCGGGGCGCAACGAGCCGAGCAGGGCAGCCAGGGGAGGCACGCCAGCCAAGGGAGCCGCGUCAACCCCAUCAACCAAGUGAAUCACGUCAACCCCAUCAACCAAGUGAAUCACGUCAACCCCAUCAACCCAGUGAAUCACGUCAACCAUGUCUACUGCGAAAUGGCCUCCAGGGGGAAACUGCCAAGGAGGCUCCUCACCAGAGCGGCAGCGGGAGGGGGGCCGAUCCGGGGGGGGAUGAAGACCCGGCCAAUUUGGUAACAGGCGCCACCUCAGAGGGGGAUUCACGAAGGGAAUCGAAAGAGAAUCCACGGGGAGCCGCGCAAGAUGAACCUGUGCAGGCCCCCAUCGGAAAACAUCCACGUGACCCCCAGGAAGGGGACCAAGAAGGGGGCCAAGAAGAGAGCCAAGAAGAGGGCCAAGAAGAGGGGAGUACAAACUGGCAGAGGAUAAGUCACCACCCAAGUGCACCCCCCCCAUGUGAAGGCACGCCCAAUUUAAUUACACCAAGUGGUGCACAUACAGGUGAACCUACGGAGAAUGGGACUGACCGGAUUGAAUCCCCCUCUAGUGGCACGUCAGAGUUCCUAUCCUCAGGGGAACCUCAAAAUGGGUACGUCGAACGGGGGGACAACCAAUCGGGGGGGGACGCUCCACAAGGGGAUACUCCACGCGGGGGGUCUGACAACUCCUUCUUUUCAGAAGAAGUUUCCAUUGAAGAGGACUCCUGUGGGGGGGGCGAAGAUGGAGCACCUGAGGGGCACCCCUGUAAGCACUACCAUCUUAGGGCUAAGACUGAUGGGGGCAAAUGGGGGGAAAGCCACGUGGCAGGUACGGACAGCGGGGAUCCCUCCAAGCACAGCGAUGAGAAUAAAGUUGAGGGGAGAGAUUCAUCUGCGUGGGGGAGCCACUCCUCUGCCGCGAGCCACUCACAGGAGAGCAGUGAUAACACUGUGGGAGCAAAACGACACGGCGAAAGUGCUAUAGGAGGAAAUCCAAACGAUGGGGAUGCCUUCCCAAAGGGGGAAGAAACCAAAUGGGCGAACGGACACAUCGGGGGGGGAAGUCUCCAAAGUGAGGAACGGUGGGGAAGUCCCUGGGAGGAUGGCCCUGAAAGGUGUGCCACGAGUGGAACUCCCCCGAAAAGGGAGCAUCCCCCCAGGAGCAGUCGAUCGAGCGACCCCUCGAUGGACCCCUCGAGUGACAACAACGCGAACGCGUUCUCCGACGCAGUGAGCAACAACUCGGGGUGCACCGCCCACCGCAGUUCCCCGCUGAGCAUACGCAGGGGAGGCUACAACUGGCACCUGACCAUAUGCAGGCGGGCAAAAAAACAGCCACACGAAGAAGCGAUUUGCCUAACGAAACAGACAAACAAAUUGAACCACAUGCAAGUGAUCCAUUUGAUUGAAAAAAUCUUUCCAAAUGUAAAAAUAUUUUAUAUGUAUAAUUUGAAGAGAGGAAUACAUAGAGGGCAAAUGUGCCAGGAGUUUUAUAAACAGGGGAUCAUUCUAGCAGGGGAGGCCAACUGUCUGCAUAACCCCAUGUUUAGCGUAAGCAUCAAUCUGACUGUGCAUGAUGUGUAUAGCAUUGGCUGGAGGUUAAAAUAUCUGCUGCAUUACAAUUCGUCCCCCAUCCUGGUGGAGGCAUACCAGAAGGAGAGACAGUACGUUUCGCAGAAGGUCCUAUCCUGGAGCAGUGAAAUUUUUUUUUUUUUUUUUUUAUUAAACAAUUUUGCAAGUUCCUAUUUUGCCUCCUUCCUGAAUUGCUGUGCCAAGACGAUUAGCAGGCUCACUUCCACUGGUAACCUUUUGGAUAGCUUUUACAAAAAGACUUUUUUGCUGCAGAGUGACUACUACAGAUUAGGCCUUGUACACACCUCCGCAAAACUCACAAGCAGGCACUUCAUGUGCGCAGACCGCCCAAGGAACUGCGUCUUAAGGUGCAUCACCCUGGAGAGCAACGCCUAUGAGCAGAACGACGCUGUUCGGUUGUACGACUACCUGGGGGGGCAUACACAUACCUUACUUUUGUGCAUACGGCAAAUGGACUCCUCCCGGGGUUGUGCUUGCAGGGUGGGCCCCCCAGAGAGGUGCCCCCUUCGUAUCAACCCGUUUUCCUCCAAGGGGGGGGAAGGAAGCUCCCCCUAUGGCUACUCCCGCGAUGGUUACUCCCACUGUGGAUACUACCACCGUGGCUACUCCCACGAUGCGGACACCUUUGACAAGCUAUCAAAAAUUGGCAGACUAACUUACAGCGCCAUGGCCAGGGGGAGACGCGACUCGCCGCUCAGCAUCCUCUGGGUUGUGUGCGGCGGUCAGAAAAACGAGUUCGCGCGCAGACACUCUAUCGUCAGCGCGGGCACAGACACGAACGCGAGUAUCACCAUGAAUGGAAAUAUUCUCUCGGCCAUCCUUUCUACUGUAUGCCCCCAGAUGAUGCACAGAGCCACCCUCCACAGCAGAGACUCCCCACUGAAUGCCCUUCUUACCAAAAUCAGGGCCACCAACAACCUGGGCAGGCAAACCAUCCUCUACGAUUUUAUGGGCGACUUCCAGAAGCAGCUAAACAUCAAGUUAGCCGCCCCCUGCCGUUUCAGCGAUUUGUGUGGGUCCGGAUCAGCCAUGUAUAUUUUCGUUCGCCCCGACAUGCACAUAACGCACAUGAAUUAUUUGAACGACGAGAAUGAGGUUACUGCUUUUGUCGAUUACGUGUACAGCUUCUACGGCUGA